CCGAUCUGAUUGACCGCAAGCACAAAUCCAUCCUUGGUUAAACGCUCGUUCUGUCGUACUCAUGUCCGAUCCUACAUCGCAGUCCAAUUACGCUGCGAUCUUUUCCGAGCAUAUUGCUUUAGUCUGGGUUGUCGAUUUUUCCCAGAAAAUCAUAAGUGGCCACGCUACGCAUACACUCCGUGUCAAGGACGCUAGUGUCAAGGAGGUCGUGUUCGACACCUUGGACCUGAGUGUGGAACGAGCAGAGGUUGACUCGAAACCUGCUGAUCACCAUCUGGACGAACCCCACAAUGUCAUGGGUUCCGCGUUGCAUGUCUCGCUCCCGCCUGGUGUCGUCUUGACGGAAGACGGAACUGUCGAGGUCAAAAUAUACUAUCGCACCACAAAUGCGUGCCCGGCGUUACAGUGGCUGGGAAAGGAAGCCACGCAGGGCAAAGCCUUCCCUUACCUCUUUUCGCAAUGCCAGCCCAUCUACGCUCGAUCAUUGGCGCCAGUUCAAGACACCCCCUCCGUCAAAAUUACCUACAGUGCACGAGUCGCAUCGACGCUUCCUGUGCUCAUGUCCGCUCGGCGUGUUUCCCCUCCUUCAGACGGGCCUCCGCAUGAUGGCAAGGAGAUCGGGAAGGAAACUGUGACGUAUGUCUACGACCAGCCUGUUCCGAUACCCUCGUACCUUCUCGCCAUUGCAUCGGGUAACGUACGAUAUCGCGCUCUCCCGAAACCGGAAAGCAAGAAAUGGACCACUGGUAUUUGGGCUGAACCGGAACUCAUUGAUGCUGCGUACUGGGAAUUCAGCGAAGACACUGCGCGAUAUCUGGCUGCUGAGGAAGAAUUGGUGUUACCGUAUCGGUUCGGCGUAUACGACUUACUGGUGCUGCCGCCUUCGUUCCCCUACGGAGGAAUGGAGAAUGCCUGUUUGACUUUCCUGACACCCACACUCCUCACCGGUGAUCGUACCUUGGUUGACGUCGUCGUCCAUGAGGCUACUCAUUCCUGGUUUGGUAACGGGGUGACUCAUGCUCAUGCAACGCAUUUCUGGCUCAAUGAAGGUUGGACAAACUACAUUGAGCGCGUUCUUCAGGAAAAGCUCCAUUCUCCCGCCCACAGGGGCUUCAGUUAUAUCAUUGGCAACAAACAGUUGGAAGAGUCGCUGAAGGAGUACAAGGACUGCCCGAAGUAUCAGAGACUUGUUAUCGACUUCGAGUACGGCGAGGAUCCUGACAAUGCGUACUCAUCCGUACCAUAUGAGAAGGGAGCAAAUUUCAUCCUUCACCUUGAGCGUACUCUUGGCGGCCUUGAUGCCUUCCUGCCCUACGUUCGGGAUUAUGUCAAAACUUUCCAAGGCACUUCUAUUACGACUGAGCAGUGGAAGGAUCAUCUAUAUGCAUACUGGGCUAAACAAGGCAAGGACAAGAUCGAAGCAUUGGACCAGAUUGAUUGGAAUGGAUGGCUCUAUGGCGAGGGCUUACAGUUGCCUGUGGAACUCACGUACGACGAGUCGUUGGCUACGCAGGCGUAUGAUCUUGCUGGGAAGUGGGACGCGGCACGGAACUUGAGUGUGUCGGAGCUCAAGUUCAAGGAGGAGGAUCUUAGGUCCUUUGACUCAAACCAGAAAGUCGUCUUCCUUUCCCGCUUGAGAGAGUAUCCUGCGCUUCCGACUUCGCACCUCGUCCACCUUGGCAAAGUGUACAAGUUCUCGACUACGGGAAAUGCUGAAAUCAGACUGCGGUGGUACCAGCUCGUGCUGGACGUCCCGGAUGGCGCCGGUGCUCCCGAAGUUGCCAAAAAGUACGCGCCCGAGGCAGCGAAAUGGGUUGUCGGUGACGACGCAACAGGCGUGGUGAAGGGCCGGAUGAAGUUCUGCAGGCCUGUGAUGAGGGCAGUGUACAAGGUCGAUGCUGAAUUGGCGAGGAACGCGUUUGUGGGGAAGAAGGACGCAUUCCAUCCUAUUGCUAGGAGGAUGAUCGAGAAGGACCUGGGGCUGGCAUGAAACAUGAGACAUGGUCAUGGGCGCAUCUGAAUUGCUCAAAUAAUUCGCGGACGGGCCGGGUAUUGGCCGCGCUGUUGAUGAGGUUCAUUUCAGCAGGCCACCGUCCCCCCUCCUUGGUAUGCCGUAAUGUCAUUGGUCUCAUUUCGCUGAAAUCACUGUACACAAAGAUAUCGAGUGUUUUUCCGCUGUUGAUAUCAGGAUGUGAAGAGAAGAAAUGUAAGCGUCAAAGGAUCGAGGAUACUCACCUCGCCUAUGAACUCUCGUGGCAUGUUUGUUAGGCGAUGUGGGCGAUGAAUGCAGCGGACCAUGUAGUCUGGCACAAGCCGGGAUGUGUAUAUCCCACUCCAGCAAGUAAUCACAUCAUAUUAAG